UUCGCGUCCGUCAUCGCGAUCACUUGCUUGUCAUUAGCACUUUCGUUCAUAUCCCUUGUUCAUUAUUUUGAUUAUUCGUAAUCAUUUUAUUUUGAUAUUGUAAUUUAUAUAGAUGUGUAUAAACAUUAACACGUCCCGCGCAAGCGGUUUGCGCUGUCCGUGAAAGCUCAAGACGGUGUGUGUGUGUGUGUGUUUGUGCGCGCAUCACGCAGAAGAGGAGGUUGUAACAUGUCAAAGAUGUGGAUAGCGACGAUCGGCAUGGUUCUGUACAGCGUCGUGAUGGUUACCGCUGCUUUGCAUUCAUCCACCGCUUUGAACGGUGGUGAUUUCAUUCCCCAUCACGGCCGCUGCGAGCCCAUUGCCAUCAAUCUUUGCAUGGACAUUCCGUAUAACGAGACAAUCAUGCCGAAUUUGAUGAACCAUCAAAAGCAAGAUGAUGCCGCCCAGGAAGUGCAUCAAUACAUGCCGCUUGUGAAGAUGAAGUGCAGUCCGGAUCUACGGUUCUUUCUGUGCACAGUGUACGCACCUGUCUGCACUAUCCUCGAGAAAGCGAUACCUCCCUGCCGAUCAUUGUGUGAAAGUGCGCGUUCAGGCUGCGAGGGAUUAAUGAAUAGUUUUGGUUUUGCGUGGCCAGAGGCUCUGGACUGCUCCAAGAUGCCAGAGAAUGAUGGUGUUGCACUCUGUGUGGGUACUAAUGAGACUACCAAGUCUCCAGAGCCUGUUGCACCUGUCUAUCCUCCACCUCGUAUGCCAGUGGCAGAAUUCCAACCACCUUGGAACGAAGGAUCUAAACCUUAUGGAGGAGGUGGUUUUGCUCUAGGUGCCAGAGACUUUGGCUUUGUUUGUCCAGUUCAAUUUAAAGUUCCUCAUGGAUUAGGAUAUUCACUAAAAGUUGGUGACAAAGUAGAACCUGAUUGUGGAGCACCUUGUGAUGGAAUGUUUUUCACAGAGAGAGAAAGAAGAUUUUCGAGAGUAUGGGUGGGCGCUUGGGCUUCCAUUUGUGCUGUUUCAUGUUUUUUUACAUUUCUGACUUUUCUCAUCGAUACAGAUAGAUUUAGGUAUCCUGAAAGACCCAUAAUUUUCUUGUCUGUGUGUUACUUGAUGGUGGCACUAGCUUAUGUGAUUGGUUGGGCAGCAGACAACUCCAUAGCUUGCAGAGAGCCAUUUCCUCCACCUAUGGGCAUUCGAAUACAGAUGGCAUCUACUAUUACUCAGGGUACUAAACAUGAACUGUGCACCGUUCUCUUCAUGGUUCUCUAUUUCUUUGGCAUGGCCUCAAGCAUUUGGUGGGUUAUCCUCACUCUCACGUGGUUCCUGGCUGCUGGCUUAAAGUGGGGACAUGAAGCAAUUGAAACCAACUCACAGUAUUUUCAUUUAGCUGCCUGGGCUGCACCAGCUGUGAAAACUGUAACUAUAUUGGCAAUGGGUAAAGUGGAAGGUGAUAUAUUAUCCGGAGUAUGCUACGUCGGUCUUUGGAACGUAGAAGCUCUGCGUGGUUUUGUACUGGCGCCACUCUGCGUUUACCUCUUAUUGGGUACUGCAUUCUUGUUGGCGGGUUUUGUCUCGCUAUUCCGCAUUCGUACAGUAAUGAAACACGAUGGUACAAAGACGGACAAGCUCGAGAAGCUCAUGAUUCGCAUAGGCAUUUUUUCUGUGCUGUAUAUCGUACCUGCUCUGAUCGUAAUCGCUUGCCUCUUCUACGAGCAGGCGUAUUUUGAUCAGUGGAUGCUAACGUGGAAUAUGGAGAUGUGCUCUCGACCAGGUCCUCAGUCACUUUAUUCAUUGCCGUGUCCGGUCGGCGAACGUACACGUAAUCUUGGUCGCAGACCCGAUUUCGAGGUCUUUAUGAUCAAGUAUCUCAUGGCGAUGAUAAUUGGCAUCACCAGCAGCUUCUGGCUGUGGUCCAGAAAAACACUAACCAGUUGGCGACAGUUUUUUUAUCACUUGCGAGGUCGUCGUGCCGAGGCCUACGUUUGAAGUGGCAAGGGCGUUUACUCUUACACAGAAAUCAUGUACUUUUUUAGUCAAGAUUAAAUCAGGUAAUUUCUUUUAAAUAAUCAUACCUAUAUUGUGUGACGGAAGUUUUGGAGGACUCAGAUAAAAAAGCUGUAUAUCUAUUUUUUUCUUAUUCCAAUAUUACAUUUCUUGAAGAUGCGUAUUCUUGUAACUAGAUAUUUGUAUAAUCGAAGAAAUAAGAGAAAGAUGUUAAUCAUGUGUGGAAAGAAACAAUAUUGUCUCUUAUGAUGACGAUCAUGAAAUGACAUGUUGAUUCAAUAAGUAUAAGAUAAUCGCACAAUUACUAGCAGAGAGGUUCGCCAGACUUCCUAUUAUUAAAAUAUUUUGCAUAAUAAUAAACCAUCAGUAAGGACAUGAUUUCAAUUAAAAGUAGUAAAUUUUUAUUUGCUCUUAACAAGAAUUUAGAGCUUGUUUAUGAUUUGGACAUUAAGUACAAAAAAAUUCUUUCAUUUAAAUAUUGAAAUUUUUAUUUAUAUUUAUAUUAGUUAUUAAGCAUUUUAUUUAUAUUCUAGUUUUCGGGAAUUCUUAAUUAACAGUAAUCAAAUUACUAUGAAUCAAAGUUGCAACGAUGUUUUGCAAUUUAUAUUACGUUUAUAGUUUCCUUUUUCGUGAACAAUUGCAAUAAUACACUAAUGUGUAUGUGUGUACACUGUGCCAAAUAAGUUUUUUAUAAUACUCUUUUAAUUGUUUGGAUUGUGAAUGUUAACUUAGUUUUAAAUUAUUACACUGUGUAAAUUUUUUUAUUUUUUACGCAACAGUUUUAGGCAACUUCUGUGUUUCGCUAGCGUAAUCGUGUUCUUUCGUUCGAAACACGUUUCAUCAAAUCCAUGUUUAUAUUUAAGAAUCUUGCUUCCUUACUGUAGCUAUGUUAAAUUAUGAUGUCAAAAAUGAAAAAUUAUGUGAGCGAUCUUUUUUCGUUUUUGACGUUACACUUCGAUAUGAUUGCAGUAAUGUGCAUCAAAAACAGCAAGCCAAAAUUGCUCAAAUGUCGUGGCAGACAAAUAAAAUGCUUCAAAAGAAAUUUCUAAAUCAGUUACAGUAGUACUUUGUUAAGAAAUCGAAAUCUUUUAUACUUUAUUUUUAUUAGUAAUUUUUAGUUUAUCAAAUACUGAGUAGCCGAGAUAAUUUGUGACUUCUUCCAAGAAAAUAAUCCUGCUUUUGAUAAAUAAUUUUAAACUAAUGAAUGAAAUAAAUUCGGUUGUAGGAGCCGUUUGCAGGAUGUUGUGCAGAG